UGCCGCUGCCACCGCCACCGCCGAGGUGCGGCUGUCCCGGCGUCGCUGGGUCGUGGUGCUGCUCUUCAGCAGCUACUCGCUGUGUAACGCCUUCCAGUGGAUCCAGUACGGCAGCAUCAACAACAUCUUCGUGCACUUCUACGAAGUGGACGCCUUCGCCAUCGACUGGCUCUCCAUGAGUUACAUGCUCACCUACAUCCCUCUGCUCUUCCCUGUCGCUUGGCUGCUGGACAAGAGGGGACUGCGCCUCAUCGCCCUGGUCGGCUCAGCCCUCAACGCUGUGGGCGCCUGGGUGAAGCUAGGCAGCCUAAAGCCACACCUCUUCCCCGUCACCGUCCUGGGGCAGGUCAUCUGCUCCCUGGCCCAGGUUUUCAUCUUAGGCAUGCCUUCGCGCAUCGCUUCGGUCUGGUUUGGCUCCCACGAGGUCUCCACUGCCUGCUCCAUCGCUGUCUUUGGGAAUCAGCUUGGCAUCGCUGUGGGCUUUCUGGUGCCUCCAGUUCUGGUUCCCAACGUGAAGGAUGUGGAGAAGCUGGCCUACCACAUCAGUAUCAUGUUCUUCAUGACUGCAGGCGUGGCAACAGCCCUCUUCAUCCUUGUCAUCAUAGUGUUCAAGGAGAAGCCCCUGCACCCUCCGAGCCGAGCCCAGGCCUUAAUCCAGUCAAGACCAGCAGAGGAGUAUUCCUACAGGCAAUCAAUCCUUCACCUGCUCCACAAUACCAACUUUUUGCUGCUUAUGGUCACAUAUGGUCUGAAUACAGGUUGCUUCUAUGCCCUUUCCACUCUGCUGAACCGCAUGGUGAUCCAUCACUACCCAGGGGAGGAGGUGAAUGCUGGCAGGAUUGGACUCACCAUUAUACUGUCGGGGAUGUUUGGGGCCCUGAUCUCUGGCAUGUGGUUGGACAGAACCAAAACUUACAAGCAGACUACGCUGGCUGUCUAUGUCAUGUCUCUGGUUGGAAUGAUAGUCUACACAUUCACUCUGAGCCUAGGUCACCUCUGGGUGGUGUUUGUGACUGCAGGUGUGCUGGGGUUUUUCAUGACAGGUUACCUUCCUCUAGGCUUUGAGUUUGCUGCAGAGUUGACAUACCCAGAAUCAGAAGGGACAUCAUCAGGGCUCCUUAAUGUCUCAGCACAGAUUUUUGGUAUUGCCUUCACCAUCAGCCAAGGGCAAAUCAUGGAUCACUUUGGGACAAAGGAAGGAAACCUCUUUCUUUGUUCAUUUCUGUUCCUGGGGACCAUUAUGACAGCAUUCAUUAAAGCUGAUCUCCGACGACAGCAGGCCAAUUUGGAUAACGAGCAGACAAUACUCCAAGGCAGCAAUCAGAUCAUGGAUUAUGGGACUGUAUCUUGUAACCCUAACCCUGUGAAUUCUCAUUCCUGCUCACUAGUUCACACAGAAAGGGUGGCAGUGAUGCAGUUGCAACAAGAAGUCCUAGAGAAAUCAAGAGAGACUUCAGGGCCUCAGGACGACUGGAAAGUGAUGCCAGAAGCCUGCAGUAAUCCCAUAGUUCUUGAGGAAUCGAAGCUGUAAAGUGGAUGGGUGGCAAAGCUGGGAGAUGCACCACACCUCAUUCCCAUCUUUGCUACCUGCAUUGUCCUCCUGUUACAUACACACUGUUGCAGGGGGGCAACCUCAGGACAGGAGUCCACUCAAGUUUGUGGAGAGAGUGAAAGAGCGAAACAAGAAGGGAGUUGCUCUCUUUGGUUAUGCCUCUGCAUCUCACUGUUUUGGAGACUUUGCUGCUUGGGAGGAAAAGCUGGGAAAACUCACUAUUUCCACCCAAUCCUACCGUGCAUCCUUGGAAAGGAAAAGCACACAUGCCUAGAAAGAACAUAGUUCUAGACUAGUGCUGAACAUGAAGGUAGCACUCUGCAUGUGUCUGUCUCCUUUCAUGGGCAAGCUGUGACAUGAAGUGCAGAAGCUGGACCAUGCUUACUCUGUGAGCAGCCCUGGAAGAGCCUUCAGCUCGCUUCUGGGAAGAAGGAUUGCUCUGCCUUGGUGCCUAUGAUGCUCUGUGGCACAGGUGAUGAUAGAGGCCUCUGAACAUCACCAGCAAGUGAAGCAGUGCAUCUGCCACUGAUUUUAUUACAUGUCUGUCGCACAUGAAGUCUUAGUCUGUGGAUAAACCUCUGUUCACAACUUACUGAGGUUGCCCUGAUGUUCCUAUACAUCAAAAGUGACCAAGAUACCAAUAUGCCUUUUUACCUGGAGGCAAGGCCACAAGCCCAACCCAGCAAAGUUACACUACCACUACACUAGCAACAGGUGUCAGUCAAACCAAAGGUUCCCAGGGCUGAGGAUUGUCUUCCUCCUUAAUCAUAAAGUGCCUUUUGUAUGUUUCAAUGCUACCUAACUUUCAUGAAGUGUUAGAUUGAAAUAACCAGCCAAGACUGUGUUGCUCUUCAUAGCCAGAGAUAUUUUAAGUACAAGGGGAAUUCAGAUUUCCUCCAGUGUGGAAGCUUCCCCCUUUAUAAUGAAGACCAGGAGAAUCUCUCUUAAUAGCAUUUGUGUCUUGUAGACACUGCCCCUCAGUAUGAUGUUAUUUAUUUUCUAAACUUUAUGUCCCUUCUCCUUCCUUUCCAGCUUCCCUCCACUGGUGGAGGCAUCAAGUAUCCUUUAUAUUGCUUAAAUCAUGCAGUUAUUUGUGUGCCAUUUGCGGGGAGGGACAAAAACCACAACCAGCUGGAACAGAUAAAAAUAGCCCGCUCUGACCUACCAUUUUUUGGACAAUUUUUUUGUGUGUGUGUAUGAAAUUACAGAUUUUUAAUGCACCAAAGGACUUAAGUUCUGCCUUUGAUAGUUUGGGAUUGAGCAUGGGGAUCUUAAAAUGGCUUUUCAGAAGUUCUGAACAUUGUACAUUUAAUAUGAAGGUACAAUGAAGCAGGAAACAUUCCUAUUAAAAUGUUGAAACAGUUUACAUCUACAUCAGUCUCUUUUAGUAGCCUGAAAUGUUUUGCAGAAUGGAAGAAUCACCUUUGUGGUCAGUAGUACUGUUGUGCUCCUCUGUGUUAUAACAUUCUUUCUUCUGCACAUGCACCAUCUAGGAGAUCCUGCUGGCUCUUCCCUACCUUCUGGACACUGCAAACCUGGCUCAGACAUUAUUUCAUCUAGGUCUAAGCAACCUUUUCCUGUUUUCUCCAUCUUCUGUAGUUAUAGCUCACUGCAAAGGUGGCUCAGUCCUUGCUCACAGACACAUGUGGGUUGCUGUCACCAGUACACUGCAGAAGAGAGAGCAGCAACAACUUUCUUCAUGUGUGUUUGAUGCAACAGUUAGACCUAUAAUUCUGUGGGAAACAGGGAAAGGUGGGGUUGCUAUAUAGAGAGAUGACUUUAUCCUGCACCACACAGUAGAAACUGCUGCUUGCUCAAGUUGCUCAAGUUGUAUUCCCUCUACCUGCUGCUCUGUAGCAGAAAGGCAGGCACCACAGAUUUCUGUCAUUUAUUAGAAAUGGCCCCUGAAGAACACACACAUGCAAGUUACAGAGUAGUGCCAGGGGCAGCACAUGCUCUCUUUCUGGUCCAAAGUGUUCAGUGGAUCCUGGGUAGCUCUACGGCAUCUCCUGACAAGUACAUCGGGAAUCAAUGCACUGGGCAUGCCCAGGACAGUGCCUCCUCUCCUCCAGCCACCAAACUGCUCUCCUCCACAAGCUUUGACACAGACUCCUCUGGGACUUGGUCUUUGACAUCGGUCUGUUGAAAUAUUGCUUGGACAAGAAUCAACACUUGGUAAUGAAGAAUGAUUGAAAGAGUCCAACACUGAUACAUCAGUGAGACUGGUGUUCUGGAGAAGUUCAGCUGAGAUUUCAUGGAUGUCUGGUAGUAAAAUCAGACAAUGCUGACCUACAAA